AUGAGGCCCAUUGAGUUCUGGACAGCAAACAGAGAGAACGUGCAGCCUCGAUCCAAGCGCAGAGUGCCCAGCGAGAGCGAGAUCCACGUGGAGAACUUCCAGAAGGAGCUCUACCACGUGCUGCCCGAGGAGCAGUCGAGUCUGACUGACGAGGAGAAGCUGGCACAGUUCCAGCUGGGGCAGCUGCAUUUCGGUCUUCGUUAUGAUCUGGAGUCUAAGGUUCUUGUGGUGAAAAUCAUCGAAGCCCGGGACUUGCCAUCCCCUGUCUGCAUGGACGAUACCAAACAGGACAUGGCUCAUUCCAACCCUUACUGUAAAGUCUCUUUGCUGCCCGACCAGAAAGCUUCCAAACAGACCACGGUCCAGAGAAAAACACAGGAACCGGUGUGGAACGAAUACUUCACUUUCGACAUCGACUACCAGGAGUGCCAGGAAAGAACCUUGGAAAUUCUGCUGAAGGACUUUGACAAGUUUUCCAGACACCGGCUGAUCGGGCGGGUCCUGCUGCAACUGUGCUCCGUCAACUCAGUCAAGGGGGGACACAUGUGGAAGCCAUUGUUGCCCGGGAGUAAGGAGUGUCGGGACCUGGGUGAGAUGCUGCUGUCUAUCAAUUAUCUUCCCUCCGCUGGAAGGCUUAACGUGGAUGUCAUCAAGGCUAAGGGCUUGCUUCAAACAGACCUUGUCGGUGGCUCGGAUCCUUUUGUGAGGGUAACUCUGGUGUUGUUAGAGAGGCCGGUGAAAACCAAGAAAACCUCAUGUAAACACAACACCAUAGAUCCAGUGUUUAAUGAGUCGGUCAGCUUCAACUUGACCCAUGAACAGGUACAGUGGCCAGAGUUUUAUCUUUAUCUCUACACUUAUUCCAAGGACGACUUUGUUGGCCGAGUUGUCAUUGGUUACCAUGGAACUGGAGCAGAGGAGUCCCAGCACUGGAGGCGCAUGCUGCAGUCCGAGAGAUCUCCAGUUGCCCAGUGGCACACGCUCAAGUCACGUGACGACUGUGACCAGGUUUCUGUAGCUUCCAUAGCUGUUCCCUGA